GGCCCGGAGCGGCCACGGCUGCAGCCCGGGCGGCGGGCUAGGGCGCUCGCCGGGCUUCUGGGCCGACCCCGCUCCGGCGCCUCCGCUCGCGGCCCGGGGCCCGCCCCCGCGGCUCGGCCUCGCUCCCGGGUCCCAGAUGACCACCGAGGGCGGGCCGCCGCCACCCCCGCCGCGCCCGCCGCCGGCCCCGCUCCGCCGCGCGUGCAGCCCGGCCCCCGGCGCGCUGCAGGCCGCCUUGAUGAGCGCGCCGGCCGCCGCCGCCCUGGAGACCGCCGCCACCUCCUCGUCGUCGUCCUCGUCCUCGUCCUCGUCGUCCUCCUCCUCCUCCUCCAACUCGGCCGGCGCCUCCUCGGCCGCCUGCAAGAGCUCGAGCGGCGGCGGCGGCGCGGGCGCGGGCAGCGGGGGCCCCAAGAAGGCGAGCUCGGGGCUGCGGCGGCCGGAGAAGCCGCCCUACUCGUACAUCGCGCUCAUCGUCAUGGCCAUCCAGAGCUCGCCCAGCAAGCGCCUGACGCUCAGCGAGAUCUACCAGUUCCUGCAGGCGCGCUUCCCCUUCUUCCGCGGAGCCUACCAGGGCUGGAAGAACUCGGUGCGCCACAACCUCUCGCUCAACGAGUGCUUCAUCAAGCUGCCCAAGGGCCUCGGGCGGCCCGGCAAGGGCCACUACUGGACCAUCGACCCGGCCAGCGAGUUCAUGUUCGAGGAGGGCUCGUUCCGCCGCCGGCCGCGCGGCUUCAGGCGGAAGUGCCAGGCGCUCAAGCCCAUGUACCACCGUGUGGUCAGCGGCCUGGGCUUCGGGGCCUCGCUGCUGCCCCAGGGCUUCGACUUCCAGGCGCCCCCGUCGGCGCCGCUCGGCUGCCACGGCCAGGGCGGCUACGGCGGCCUCGACAUGAUGGCCACGGGCUACGACGCCGGCGCGGGCGCCCCGGGCCACGCGCACCCGCACCACCACCACCACCACCACGUCCCGCACAUGUCGCCCAACCCGGGUUCCACCUACAUGGCCAGCUGCCCCGUGCCCGCGGGUCCUGGGGCCGUCGGCGCGGCCGGGGGCGUCGGCGGCGGCGGGGGCAGCGGCGGCGGCGGAGACUACGGGCCGGACAGCAGCAGCAGCCCCGUGCCCUCGUCCCCGGCCAUGGCGAGCGCCAUCGAGUGCCACUCGCCCUACACGAGCCCUGCGGCGCACUGGAGCUCGCCCGGCGCCUCGCCUUACCUCAAGCAGCCGCCCGCCCUGACGCCCAGCGGCAACCCCGCGGGCGCCGCGGGCCUGCACGCCAGUAUGUCGUCCUACUCGCUGGAGCAGAGCUACCUGCACCAGAACGCGCGCGAGGACCUGUCAGUGGGACUGCCUCGCUACCAGCCUCACUCAACUCCGGUGUGCGACAGAAAGGACUUCGUCCUCAAUUUCAACGGCAUUUCUUCCUUCCACCCCUCGGCCAGCGGGUCAUACUAUCACCACCACCACCAGAGCGUGUGCCAGGACAUCAAGCCCUGCGUCAUGUGAACAACCGGGGGCCGUGUGGUGGCCCCCACCCCCACCCCUCCUCUCCUCUCUCCUCUGCAGCCAGGGGCGGACGGGAACGGCGAGGACUCGCCCUUGCAGUAAGUAGCCCGCAGCCGCAGCCAGAGUGCCCA